UAUGGAAAAGGGAUUAUAUACGAAUAUUAACAUUUCCGAAUUUUCUGAACAUGAAGAUGAAGUUACUUGUGUUGCCUUUUCAACAGAUUUCCAUAUCUUUCUAACAGGAUCGGACGAUACUAACGUUAGGAUCUUCAACGCAGCAACAAAAAAGCUAGUCACUCUGUUAAGUGGUCAUACUUCUUGGAUAAAAAGUGUCGCCGUUUCACCAGAUUCUAAAUACAUAGCUAGUUGUUCACAGGACUCAACCGCCAUUAUAUGGAGGACUAGAGAUGCUAGCUUAUUAUAUACUCUAGAAGGCCAUCGAAAAAGCGUCGAAAGUGUUACGUUUUCAUCAAAUUCAGCCUUAUUAGCCACAACAUCUUUUGAUAGAUCUGCAAUGAUAUGGAAGGUUCAAGAUGGAGGUUUAAUGAAAAUUCUCGAAGGUCAUGAAGGAGCUGUUAAGACAUCGUCAUUUAGUUAUGAAGAUACCUGGUUAGCGACUGCCUGCACAGAUGGUGUUGUUAGAUUGUGGACGCUAAAGAAGAAUCGAAAGGAAGAAGAUGGCUCGUUAAAGCUUUUAAAAGGUCAUACUAAAACCGUAUCAGCUCUUGCGUUCUCAAGAGAAGGUAUGCUAGCAUCAGGUUCAUGGGAUAAUACAGUGAAAUUAUGGAAUCCGAGAACUGGUUCAUUAAUAAGAAGUAUUGAAGGCCAUCAAACCUGGGUAGAAACCGUAGGUUUUUCACUCGAUAGUUUAAAACUUAUUUCCGCGUCAAAAGAUUCAGUAGUGAAAGUAUGGGAUAUUCUCGAAGAUAAAUGCGACGAGACGUUAGAAAAUGAUGGUGUAGAAAUACAAUUUUGUGGAUUUACUCCAAAAAAUACUGUUGUUGUUGCUGGUUCAAAAGUUCAGAAAGCAAACUAA